UACUAUUUUCCUAAAAUUGCUAUUUGCAUGCGACAUACAUUCGUCGGAUCGAGUGAAUACCGUGAUCGCGCCGGUUAGAGAGCGCGUAUUGACUAAUUGCGUGAUUCUUACAAGUGCACUGUGAUCAAUGUCUAUCGACACGGCUCAUCGGAGUACACGAGAGACAAGAUCGAGUUCGUUGGAUGCUCGAUGGAACGAACAGCUAGACGGAGCGAUAAUGUAACAUCGAUUGAGUUCGCUCUCGGAUUUUGUUGCCGUUAGCGAUGACGAGAGACGUGGAUGGACGAGCGGCGCUCGACGUUCGGAUGAAUUUUGGAUAAAAGCACGUGGAUCCUGACGGUAUGUCGAGCUUACGCGCGAUUUGCAGCGCCUAGGCAAGUGAUGCGAGAGAGCGAGAAUGACGAUCGCGACGCGUUUCAUGCUAACGGAUACCGCGAAAAUGCAGGACUCGAAAGUACCAUCCACGCUGCCAUCUUGAAUCAGCUGUCAAGCAGACGAUACGCAGCAUUUUUAGCGUGUUGUUUGUUCUCUGGUGGGACAUGGAAAUAUCUGAAAGCGAUGUAAGAAGUCAGCCGACAGACUUAAUCUCAGCGUAUGAUAAGCAAAAAAACGAUGAGCCUGAAACGGAUCUUAAUGAAGUCGAGAUAAUUACAUCGGCGCAGCAUUUUUGUGCUAUCGAGAUCAGAGAGGCCAAGAACUACGAUGAAAAAACAAUCGGUAAGGAUCAGAGCGAGGCGAACGAAUCAAACACUUCGGAAUCCACUUUAGGGAAUUUACAGCAUACCGACAACGGUACUAUUACUAACGUAUUGACGGAUCCGAUUUACUUGGACACCUUGGACUCUGAUUCCAUAAAUAUCGAGUUCCAAAAACAGCCGAAUACAACGGAGGUGUUUAUACGGAACGACGAACAGAUACAAACGACCAAUUAUAAUAUAUCUACGGUAACGAUAUCAAAUGAACUUUUAGACGGGCUUAAUAUUAAUAUAAAGAAGGAGGAUGAUGACGGAGAUCACGGCACGUUGUACACCGCUGAAUGGUUAUGCGACGGCAGUAACGAUGCCAAUAUACGACUAAGGAUCUUGAAGGAUGCUAAGCAGAAUAUACAAAUUCCCGUCGAUGUUGAUACUAAUGAUGUAAUCACAUUAGCAAAACGUAAAGGCCAAUUGACGGACGGCAAGGACAGUCUUGAACAAGAAAAGACUAAUAAAGUAGCCAGAAGAGCAAAGAAACACGUUAGGGUGCUGAAGUCUGCUGUGCAUCAUCAAGACUAUAGAGAAAGAUUGAGAAAGAAAGCUGAAUGUAUGAGAGAGAAACGGAAAAAGUUGUAUGAGCAAGAGAGCGAGGAGCAACGUUUGCAGAGGUUGGCAAAGGAAGCGGCGAAGAGACGGGAGAUGAGAAUGUAUUACGAGACGCCGGAGCAACGAAGGAAACGACUCGACGCUGAAGCGGCGAGAAAGAGAGAAUACAGAAUGUACAACGAAACGCCAGAAGAUAGGAGAAAGCGAUUGGAUCGCGAGGCCGAGAGAAGAAGAGUUAAGAGAUUAUCGUUAUACGCAAACGAAACACCAGAACAAAGAAGAGAGAGACUAAAUAAAGAGUCGGCGAAGAGGCGAGAAGCCCGAUUAAAUCAAUACGCUAAAGAGACGGAAGACGAAAGGAAGGAAAGAUUACGAAGGGACGCGCUGAGAGCCAGGGAAAUGAGAUUCACGAGAUCAGCUAUCGAGACGGAAGAGGAACGUAGGCAAAGGUUAGUAAAGGACGCCCUUAGAAAGAGGGAGGUAAGGAUGCAUGGGGGCCAUUCGGUGAACAAUAAUUUUACGGAACUCCGAACCGUUCGCAAUUUUCAAGAAUUGAACGAUGUGCAGAUAAAGGACAAUCCAGAAAAUCAAUUGGACGGCCAUUAUCUGAGCAACUGGAUGAUGUGGUUUCAAAACACAUUGACGCAACCGGUUCACAAUGGAGAACAGGUCGCGGAGCCACAAGCGCAGCAUAAUAGAUAAUAUGUUGCCAGUUAUGUUUUCCUUUAUGAGCGUACAUUGAAAACUUUCGAAUGAUACCGAUAAUAGAGACCAAUUUGAAUGUGCUUUAUAUAUGCUUCCCAUAUAAUUUCCGCAUAUGGAGCGACAAAAUCAUAAUAGCACAAUUAUCACUACGCCAAUUAUUAUUAAUAACAGUACGAAACUUACAAUAGCAAUAUAGCAAGAGAGUUAUAAAUUCACACAUUAGAACCACUAUUUUAUAAUAUUUAUAAACGUCGAAAGCGAAUAUAAUUACACCGUUUCAUUAAUAUAAAAGAAAAUCAUAUAACUUAUUUGCAUUGUAUCAAAAUGCUGACGACAGACGAACAAUUUAGAAAAAAAAAACCAAACAUUUUCCAGUGUUUACGCAAUGUUUAAUCGUGCGACUAUUAUUUAAAUAUUUAAAAGAUUUUUCUGCUCGUAAAAGAUACAUCUUAAAGUAAUACUGUGAGAUAUAUGUUAAAAUAACACAGUGAUUACUCUUUGAUAUUAGGUUUAAGUGUGUAAAUAAAUUUUGCUGAACAUGUUGAUACAAAAGAAUGGAAGUCAUACAUUGAAACAAAACAAGAGAAGCAAUUCUUGCCAGUGCCUUUUAUUCAUUGUUCAACAAAAUAAACAUUCAGACUCAAUUCAUUAAUACAUAUGGCAUUUGAACAUGAGUGAAUGAUUCUGGUGAAAGUUUGACUGUCUCUUGUGCUAUUUGUACAUAUAGAUAUUAUGUACUUCUUUCUACAGUUCCUUUGUAAUAAAUAAAAUAAUAAAUUAUGUUAUAAUACGUCA